AUGGCUCCACCUGGAACAAUUGGAGUAGUAGACCCUGGAUGGGAGCACGGUGUUGCUCAAGACGAGCGGAAGAAGAAGGUUAAAUGCAAUUACUGUGGUAAGAUCGUUAGCGGAGGAAUAUACAGAUUGAAGCAACACUUGGCUCGUGUGUCAGGAGAAGUAACUUAUUGUAAUAAGUCUCCAGAGGAAGUAUGUUUGAGGAUGAAGGAGAAUUUGGAACGUUGUCGUUCCACCAGAAAGCUGAGGCAACAUGAGGAUAACAAUGGACAGUCUUGUUCCAGUUUCCAUCAAUCUAACAAUGAUGAUGAGGCGGAAGAGGAAGAUCGGCGUUGCUGGUAUAGAAGAAGCAAAGGAAAGCAAUCGUUGGGUGAUGGGAGUCUUCUCCGGUCUUCUGGAUACGUUGAUCCUGGAUGGGAACAUGGUGUUGCUCAGGAUGAGAGGAAAAAGAAAGUGAAAUGUAAUUACUGUAACAAGAUUGUGAGUGGUGGUAUUAAUCGAUUUAAACAGCACCUCGCGAGAAUACCUGGAGAGGUAGCGCCGUGUAAAAACGCUCCUGAGGAGGUUUAUGUUAGGAUUAAAGAGAAUAUGAAAUGGCAUCGAGCUGGGAAGAGACAGAACAGACCUGAUGAUGACAUGGGAGCUUUAACUCUUGCAACAGUCUCUCAGGAUCCCGAGCCAGAAGAAGAUGAAGAGGAAAAUGACUUCAAUCCAAGUAGCCAAGAUAGGUUGGUGCUUGGAAAUGGAAGGUCUAGUAAAGAAAAAAGAAAAAACUUUGAUUCAGUGAACACUAGAUCUGUCUCUGAAGCAAGACCAAAAAGAGCGAAGGUGAUCCCGUUUCAGUCACCUUCUUCGAGCAAACAGAGAAAAAUAUACACUAGUUGUUCAAACAGAGUUGUAUCACGAAAAGAAGUCACUUCCUCUAUUUCCAAAUUCUUCCACCACGUAGGAGUUCCCAUGGAAGCAACGAAUUCUUUGUUCUUCCAAAAGAUGAUUGAAUUGAUUGGUCUGUAUGGAGAAGGAUUUGUUGUGCCCUCCAGCCAGCUGUUUUCUGGUAGGCUCUUACAGGACGAGAUAUCGACUAUCAAAAGCUACUUGAGGGAGUACAGAUCUUCUUGGGUGGUUACGGGUUGUUCUAUAAUGGCAGAUACUUGGACCAACACAGAGGGCAAGACAAUGAUCAGUUUCUUGGUCUCGUGCCCGCACGGUGUCUACUUCCAUUCCUCCAUUGAUGCCACUGACAUAAUAGAAGAUGCUUUAAUCCUUUUCAAGUGCCUAGACAAACUAGUUGAAGACAUUGGUGAGGAAAAUGUGGUGCAGGUUAUUACACAGAACACUGCUAUCUAUAGAAGUGCUGGAAAACUACUUGAAGAAAAGAGAAAGAAUUUGUACUGGACUCCUUGUGCGAUGCAUUGCACGGAAUUGGUUCUUGAAGAUAUCUCAAAGCUUGAAUUUGUCUCCGAGUGCUUAGAGAAGGCCCAAAGAAUCACCAGAUUCAUUUACAAUCAAACUUGGCUGCUUAAUCUCAUGAAGAACGAGUUCACACAGGGGCUAGAUCUUCUUAGACCGGGAGUCACGCGCCACGCCUCCAGUUUCACCACUCUUCAGAGUCUUAUGGAUCACAAGGCCAAUCUCAGAGGUCUAUUUCAAUCCAACGGCUGGAUUUUGUCUCAGACGGCUGCCAAGUCUGAAGAGGGAAGAGAAGUGGAGAAGAUGGUGUCGAGUGCUGCGUUUUGGAAGAAGGUUCAGUACGUUUUGAAAUCGGUUGAUCCAGUGAUGCAGGUGAUUCGUAUGAUUGAUGAUGGUGGUGGCGAGAGACUAUCUUUGCCAUAUGCUUACGGUUACAUGUGCCGUGCGAAAAUGGCGAUCAAGUCUAUUCAUAGCGAUGAUGCAAGGAAAUACGGACCAUUCUGGCGUGUUAUAGAUUACCAUUGGAACUCAUUGUUUCAUCAUCCCCUCUACGUAGCUGCAUAUUUCUUCAACCCGGCUUAUAGAUAUCGUCCUGAUUUUAUGGCGCAUUCUGAGGUUGUGCGCGGAGUUAACGAAUGCAUUGUUCGACUUGAGCCUGAUAAUAUGAGAAGAAUCACAGCAUUGAUGCAGAUUCCGGAUUAUACUUCUGCAAAAGCCGAUUUUGGAACGGAUAUAGCGAUUGGCACAAGAACCGAGCUCGACCCAGCCGCGUGGUGGCAACAACACGGUAUAAGCUGUUUGGAACUCCAGCGAGUAGCGGUUCGGAUACUGAGCCACACUUGCUCCUCCAUUGGGUGCGAGCCUAAGUGGAGCGUGUACGACCAAGUAAACGGUCAAUGCCAAAGCCGGUUUGGGAAAAAGUCGACGAAAGAUCUCACUUACGUCCAUUACAACUUACGCCUCAGAGAGAAACAGCUGAAACGACGGCUAGAUGAUGAUGGAUCAACACCGAAUCUUAACUACGCCUUGCUCGAUCGGUUGCUCCCAGACUGGCUCGUGACCUCCGAGAGUAGCGAGGUACUUGAAAACGCCAAACGCUAA